GGAGGAGUGAAAUCGCCCCUGGUGACAGGAACGUGGGUGGGUACUGGGUGGAGCACGGGAGCGGAGAGUGGGAGAGAUUUGGUGAGAGAUCCAGUGUUUACCCGACCGGGCCGUCGCGCGUGCCAGAGAAACGGAGCAGCAGACGGCUAAUCCAGCCACGUCCGUAGAGGCCGAGCGCAGCGUCCGUAGCGGGGGGUGGGGAAGCAUGCCUGUCCCGGUGGGUUGGGUUCUGAUAGGGCUCUGUUUCGGCACGUCGGUGCUGGCGGAGACGGAGGCGGAGGCAGAGCUCUCGCGGUGCGGCCUGAGCUUCUACAGACGGACGCCUCCCGCGGGAUUCGGGGGCCAGCUGCGGGCCCGCUGCCACGGCCCGGGCGCCGGACGGCCCGUAGCCAGCCUCCACAGCGAGGCCUGCGACGUCACCGUGCUGUCCGCCUUCUGCCUGCACGCGGAGUGGACGGGAGCCGCUGGACACGACCAGGAGGACGAUGUUGAGACUGAAAAGGACACUGGAGAUGCACAGACAGGAGGAGAGGAAGAAGACGAGUCCCAAAGUGACGAAGAGGGUCUGCCAGUCACAAUGCCCGCACUUCUGAGACGGGGCGGGUAUGACAUCUACGCCUCCUCUGACACUCCCGCUGAUUCAUGGGACGCCCUGGUUACAGAGUUGGUCCAAAACAACAUCCACCCACAGUGUCGGUCUCUAGGGGGCGACCUCUACGUGCUCGCCGGAAGGGGAGGCGCAGGAGAAUUGGAACAGGGGUGCGAGGUGGGCUUGUUCUGGUCCGCCAUGUGCUGCGCAGACCCAGACGGGGAAGCCGUGUUCAGUUUGGGUGUUGUAAAGGGGAGGGAGGAGGAGGCCAGGGUCCUGGACGUGAAGGGGCUGGAGGAGGCAGUCGGAGUGGGAGGUGUAUUUUCAGGGGGUUGUGGGGAGGCCGACGGAGGGGAAGGCGGGGGCGACGUCACACUCGCCGGCUUCCAAAAUGCGCUGCGACAGAUCGUAGGAAUGCACAACGCAGACACGCAAGCGGAAUCCUCUGAUACGCUAGCAGAAAGCGCUACCCAGCCAGACGCAGUUGAUGAGCUAGCAGAGAGCUUAUUGGCUGAGAGCGCUGCCACUCAGAGCGCAGACGCACCGAGCGAGGAAGCGGAAGGAGAGAGCGCUGUCGUUCAGUCCCGCCGCUCCGCCCCUCCCAGCGCCCACGAGGAGCCCGACGGCGACGGCGCCGCCCCGGAGGUCUCCGAGGAGCCGCAGGGGAACAGCACCGCGCUCUACCUCCUCUCCUGCUCCCUGUGGCUGCUCUCCGCCCCACUCCGCCCCGUCGUCUCCACCCUGACGCAGAUCCCCGGUCAGGUGACCCACGUGAUUCAGGAGGACCUGAGCGUGCUCUCCGCCCUGCCCGGCGUCACGCUCUCGCUGGCCUACAACGUGGCCGCCGACGCGGCGUGCGGCGCCGUGUCCGCCGCGGGCCUGGCGGGGAGGGCGGGCGCGGCGUGCGCGUCCCAGCUGUACUCCUGCACCUCACCACUAGUGGGCGCUCUCCUGAGCGCCUGUCAGGACGGGGUGGUGGGCGUGGGCACCCUCACGUGGGACGGGGUGGGCAUCGCUGGCGGCGUGGCGAACAGGGCCUGGUCGGUGUCCCGGUACGUCGGGGGGCGGGCGUGGGACCAGGGCACGGACUUCCUGUGGGCCGUCCUCUCUGAGCUCGGGAGCCAAUCGACGCAGGCGGGCGGCGGCUUGGGAAAACUGGCGCUGAAAGGGGGCAACGGCGUGGUUAACACGGUGUGCAUGGCCGGCCGCGUAGUGGGAGGGACGCUGUCGGUGGCCGUGGAGACGGUGAAAGAAGCGUUUGGGGGCGACUGAUGAUCACGUUCACUUUCGCUUGCGACUGUCUGAAAAAACCGAUCACCGUUUUGAGGAUAGCUGAACUGGUCACACCACAAUCAGAGUGUUUUCUAAACAGAAUGUAACCGUUGCGCAGAUGAGGAGCUGAGCGCCAGCAGUGAGAAAUCUGCGGAGGUUUCUACGACUGGACUGUAGUACAGAACAUGGUGGCGGGAGGGAGUGUGGGGUUGGUUGAGGAUGGACGUUCAUCUUCUAGUUUUAUUGAUAUGUUCACUUUUGUUUGAUAUUGUCUGAUAGCUGAUUACUGUUUUGGUGAUAAACUGCUCGUUCUACCGUAAAUGUUAUUAUAAACAAAAGAGUUGAACGAACGACGCGUGAACCACAGAAGCAAGAACUCUGUGGGAACGUUUCGUGAGAGGACAGGUGUACAGAAUGUAUUUGUAAAUAAAGACUGACAAUGAAAGCUGGACUGCACACAGAAUGGGUUAUUAGUAGCAUAACAGGGUGUGAUUGAUUAUUUGAUAGCUAGUCAUUGUAAGUUAUUUCUUUGUGGGGUGGAAAGAAACACUGGAUAAUGAUUUGGUACUGUUGUAAAAUGUGUUAUAUUUGUAAUUGUGCUAAUAAAUUCAUGCUAUGUCAUACCAUGGGUUAUGAAUAUUGAAAA